AUGUCAGCAACCAACAACACCAACAAACCACUGGAGCCCGAAGACACCCUCAAUGGCGCCGGCCGCUACGAUCCAAACUUCACAAAUCAUGUCAUCUCCUCAAUCGGUUCCAACACUGAUCCUCGCCUCCGCAAAGUCAUGACCUCUCUCAUCAAACACGUCCAUGACUUCGCCCGUGAGAUCGACCUCACAGUAGACGAAUGGAUGGCUGGAGUAGACAUGAUCAACCGUGCUGGUCAGAUGUCUACCGACCGCCGUAACGAAGGUCAACUGCUCUGCGACGUCAUUGGUCUGGAAAGUCUAGUCGAUGAAAUCACCUUCAAAGCUGCUGCAGACGCCAAAGAUGCGGUCACUCAAAGUGCAAUUCUGGGUCCGUUUUUCCGACACGAUGCACCUUUGCGGAAGAUGGGAGAUACUAUUUCCUUCGACACACCGAAGGAUGCAGAGAUCGCUUACAUGCAUGGUGUGGUGUAUGAUGCUGUGACCAAGAAACCCGUGGAAGAAGCUGAAAUCGAUAUCUGGCAAGCUUCCACAAACGGAUUGUACGAGCAGCAAGAUCCAGAACAACAAGAGCACAAUCUACGAGGGAAAUUCAGGACCGGCAAGGAUGGAAGUUAUGGUUUUUAUUGCAUACGACCUACUCCCUAUCCCGUUCCUGAUGACGGUCCAGCUGGCGAGUUGUUGAAGAAGUUGGACAGACAUCCUUUCAGACCCGCGCAUAUUCAUUUGAUAGUCAUUCGACAAGGAUACAAACCAAUCACAACCCAGAUAUUCGAUGCAGAGUCCAGAUACCUGGACAACGACUCCGUAUUUGCGGUCAAAGAUUCUCUUGUCGUGAAGUUCGAGCCUCGGGAAGGUGAUGAGAAGGCUGGACUGGAGUUGAAGUAUGAUAUCUUGCUUGGACCCACGGAGUAA